AUGGAAUCACAACAUGAAGUUUUGAUUUUGCAUACUGAAGUUAGGUGGUUAAGCAGAGGAAAAGUCUUGAAUCGAGUUUUAGAGCUUAAAUGCGAAUUGUUAGCAUUUUUUCAAGGAGAAGGUGCAGUAACAGAUAAAUUUGCAAUAUAUUUAGAAAAUAAUAUUUGGCUUGCCAAAUUAGGACAUUUGACUGACAUUUUUAAAUACCUCAAUAAUAUUAACACGAGUGUCCAAGGAAAAUCUGAAAAUAUUUUGUCUUGUACUGAAAAAUUCUCAGGGUUUCAAAAGAACAUAUCUCUUUGGAAAAAUCGCAUAUUAGAAAAAGGUACAUUGGAUAUGUUUCCCAGUAUUUGCGCAAAUAUUGAAGAGAUGAAAUCCGUUAUCAUUGAACAUUUGACGCUAUUAGAAGAAAAAAUUGAUCACUACUUUCCUUCCCUAAAUACAGAUAAUUACGAUUGGAUUCGAAAUCCUUUUAUCUCGAUUAAUAUGUCGAAAUACCAGCUAUCAUUACAAGAGGAAGAAGAGUUAGUAGGCUUAUCAACGGAUCGCACUCUGAAACUAAAGUUUUCUGAAAUGUCACUUGAAGAAUUUUGGAUUUCUGUGCAAGCUGAAUAUCCACUUCCUUCUACAAGAGCAUUAAAGGUAUUACUACAGUUUGCAACUUCAUACUUGUGUGAAUUAUGGUUUUCAACUUCACAAACAUAA